AUGGUUGAUCUCAACCAAGAGAAGCUCCCGACAAUGAUGCCGGCGGAGAAGACAGGCCCAAAAAAGGACCGCCAGGCUGAUGCACACUGGUUUGAUGUUGCAACAUUGGUAACUGCAAUAUUGUCAGUGGAAGACCUCCACAAGGACUUCUGGAAGGGACUCGGGGCAUUCGUGGAUACCCCAAACGAGAUAUGGGAAAGUGACGUGUGGCUUUGCUCGCUGCGGACAACGUCUGGAGAGCAUAUUACAUUCUCUGAUAGACUACCAGUUAUCUGCUCUGAGUUUGUGGAGUAUAACUCGAAGAAGAAAGGCGGCGUCCGAGUUUGCCGAGUUUAUAGCAUUGGAAUCGAUAAAAGAAGAGAUGCCAUCGAGAGAGGCAAGCCAGUUGUAAAGAUCCAGAUGGUCUAUUCAACAGCUGAGUUAUCACCAAAGAUCAGAAACAUUGGGUCUGAAUUGCCAGUCCCACUGACUCGCCUUGAGAAGCUCUUAUCCGAAGAUGACUUCAAGUUUGUUUUGCCCAAGGAUUUAGUCCAGCAGCUUGAUAUAACGGUAGACUACACGUUUGGGAACGGGAUUCUAGGUCAACAGAAUCAUGGCUUCAAACCACAGUCACAAAUCAGAAGGGUGUUGAACACCAUGCACGAAGAGAUACGGCCGGCUGCACAAUCCCACCCACAUGUGGCGGAGCUUGAACUGAAGGCCUACGGGUGA